GAAAGAUAAUUAAAAUUAAAAAUUAAAACCAUCUUUACCAUAUAAAUUCUAUAAUUUGUAGCAGUUUUAAUUCUUAAGAAUGGCAAGCCACUCCAUCAAAAAUAGAAGAGCAUGUGUGAUAGGUGGAAGUGGGUUCGUGGCAUCUGUGCUGGUGAAGCUGCUAAUUGAAAAAGGUUAUGACGUGAACACAACAGUUAGAAAUCCAGACAAUCAGAAGAAGAUUUAUUUUCUGCAUGCACUACAAAAUUUAGGCGAUCUGAAAAUAUUUAAAGCAGAUUUAAGCGAAGAAGAAAGCUUCAUUGCUCCCAUAUCAGGUUGCGACUUUGUCUUUCAUGUUGCAACCCCGGUUAAUUUUGCUUCUCAGGAUCCUGAGACCGAAAUGAUCAAGCCAGCAAUACAAGGAGUACAUAAUGUAUUGAAAGCCUGUGCAAAUACAAAAACAGUUAAAAGAGUCAUCCUCACCUCUUCAGCUGCAGCUGUGUCAAUCAAUAAGCUUAACGGUCCAGAUUUGGUCAUGGAUGAGCAAAAUUGGACUGAUAUUGACUACUUGACUUCAGAGAAGCCACCCACUUGGGGAUACUCUGUUUCGAAGACGCUAGCGGAGAAGGAAGCUUGGAAAUUCGCUCGAGAAAAUAACAUCGAUCUCAUAACGAUCGUUCCGACUCUCAUGGCCGGUCCGUCUCUGACUCAUGAUGUUCCUGACAGUGUAAACCUGGCAGCAUCAUUGAUCACAGGAAAUGAGUAUAUGAUAAAUGGAUUGAAAGGAAUGCAAAUGUUGUCAGGAUCGAUAUCCGUAGCGCAUGUAGAGGAUGUUUGUCGUGCCCAUGUGUAUUUAGCUGAGAAAGAUUCGGCUUCAGGACGGUAUAUAUGUUGUCGUGUUAAUACCAGUGUUCCUGAGCUUGCCAAAUUCCUCAAGAACAGAUAUCCUGACUACCAAGUUCCUACUGAUUUUGGAGAUUUAGCAUCGAAGGCCAAGUUGAAAUUGUCUUCAGAGAAGCUCAUUGGUGAAGGAUUCUGUUUCAAGUAUGGGAUUGAAGAGAUUUAUGACCAAACUGUGGAAUACUUAAAGGCUAUGGGCAUGCUUAAGUGAGUUCAAAGAGUAGAGCUGUCUUCUGCUUUGUUGUGUUAUGUAAUAAUUUUAUAAGGCUAAUUUGCUCUUAAGCAAUGUCAAUUGCUCAUUCGUUUCAAGU